CGAAGCCCCGACCCGUCGAGCGUCGCGCCAGCCCGCGCCCAUGCAGCUCCGCCGGCAACCGCUUCCCGCGCCCCGGCCGGGGGACCCGUACCCCGCCGCCCCGCUGCUCGCGCUGCUCCUGCUGCUCGCCCUCCAGGGGGCGGCGGCGGCGCCCGCGGGGUCCGGGGACCCCGAGGACUCCGGGUGGCGUCAGGACGCGGAGCUCCCGCGCGGGCUCCUGUCGCAGGCGGCGCGCGCGGCGCUGCACUUCUUCAACUUCCGCGCGAGCUCGCCCAGCGCCCUUCGAGUGCUGGCUGAGGUGAAGGAGGGCCGCGCGUGGAUUAAUCAAAAGAAGGAAUAUAAAGUUGACCUGGCGUUUACCACGGAGCUCUACAACCCAGAGGAAGGUAAGGAACGUCUGGGGAAAUGUUCUGCUCGAGUGUUUUUCAGGAAUGAGAAACCCAGACCGGCCAUUAAUAUAACAUGUACUCGGCUCAUUGAGAAGAAGACAAGACAAGAAGAAGAUUAUCGGCUCUACAAGUACAUGAAGCAACUUCAAAACCUCUUGGAUGUAGUCAGCAUACCUGAUAGUCACGGACAUAUUGAUCCCUCUCUGAGGCCCAUCUGGGAUUUAGCUUUUCUGGGCAGCUCUUACGUGAUGUGGGAGAAGACAACACAGUUUUUACACUACUACAUGGCACAGCUCAGUGUGAAGCAGUGGAAAACAAAUGAAGAUGCAAUUGAUUUUGAUUAUACUGUUCUACUCCAUGAAUUCUCAACACAGGAAAUGAUUCCCUGUCAUAUUCACUUGGUCUGGUACCCCGGCAAACCACUGAAGGUGAAGUACCACUGUCAAGAGCUACAGACACCAGAAGAAGCCUCUGGAACUGAAGAGGGAUCAGCUGUGGCACCGACAGAGCUUAGUAAUUUCUGA